GGGGCUUGACCGUUUGAGGUCGGGUCACUACAUCGACACCUUGUCCUCAAGCGAUGUGUUGGAUGAGUUUAUUGCCAUGAAGAUCUUGAACAAGACCGCCAACAACGCUCUAGCUCAUGUCCAACGGUCAAAGAAAGCCUCACACAAUCUAGAUUUGAAGGCCAAGGCAAUUCCGGAAGAAGAAGAAGAAGAAGAAGAAGAAGAAGAAGAAGAAGAAGAAGAAGAGGAAGAAGAAGAGAGUUGCCCCGAAGACACCAAAUAUGCUUACCACGAGCACAUGGCUCUUGCAUCAAGGCAAUUUUGGGGCAACAAGAGAAACUCAAGGCUCAACUUCUCCAAGAACAACUCAAGUGGCUCCGAGGGCAAGCAAUGCGUGAGAACAUGCUACAAUUGUGGCAAUGUGAGUCACUUUGUGAUGGAUUUCCCCUACGAGAAGAGGGAAGACAAUGGUGGCAAGCUUAGUCACAAAGACAAGGCCAAGUCCUUCCCCAACAAGAACAACUUCACCAAGAAGGUGACACGAAAGGGGUUGGUUGCACAUGAAGAGUACAUCUUCGAUGAUGAUGAUGAUGAUGCAAGUGGCGAAGGAAUGGCGACGACCUCCAUGGCCAUUGCCACCUCUUCCCCAACCAAGGUGUCACUCUUUCACCCUCCCAACAAGAACCUCAUCCCCAUGUGCCUCAUGGCUAAAGGCAUCAACAAGAAGGCACUUUGAAACCGUCAUAUUUGGUCGAGCGAGUACUCCUGCGCAAAACAAUGAAGCCACAACAGCUACUGCACCACCACCGCCCACCCCAAUACAGGUGAUUCAGCAUAUUGGCACAGCCCUCUGUGCCAUCCCGGCUUCGGAGCUCUCGGAGGAAGCUCUCCUUUCUGAUAAGGAGACGGGGCCAUCUUCGGCCUCUGCCUAGCCUUCCUUUUCUUCUUCUGCUCUCGCUACUUUUUAUGGUUCUGUCAGUCAAUUGGAACGUUCUUUGCUGGAAUGUCUGGGGUUUGAACUCUCCUGCUAAGCAGCUAGCCCUGACCAACGCCAUACACUCUAGUGGGUGUGCUGUGAUUUGCUUGCAAGAAACUAAAAUGGCCUCUUUUGAUAAUGCGUUCAUUAAAUCCUGCUGUCCAAGACGCUACGAUAAGUUUGCUUUUGUCCCCUCCAGGGGAGCCUCUGGUGGUCUCGUGACAAUCUGGAACAGCUCCAUU